AGUUUUGACCACUCGGCAUGUGCUCAGUCCUUUUCUCCUCGAGUAAAGUAAGUCUUCUUAACUAACUUUAAAUUUUAGUUAAACCUUUGCGUUUAUCCAAGAAGAUAAGUCCAGCUUAUUCAAAAAGGAAAACGAAGAGUAAAUUUUGGUUCAACUAUAAUUUGUAGAACAUGGAGGUUGACCGAUCCGAAGUAGUCGCCCGGAGGGGGAAGAAGCGUCCCCAAGGAGGUAACUCGUCCACCACACCCAUGGAUCUCGACACAACUUCUGCUCCCCCAGCGGCAAAGAUACAAAAGGCAGAAAUUCGUAAAGUCUCCGUCCCCUCUCACAGACUGACCCCCUUGAAGCAAAAUUGGCUCAAAAUAUUCACCCCGAUCGUGGAGCAUCUAGGGUUACAGGUACGAUUUAACGUGAAAACAAGAAACGUGGAAAUUCGUGCGGCUGAAGAUGCAAGUGCAGAAGAAAGUUUAGGCUUUCUACAAAAGGCGGAAGACUUUGUGAAAGCAUUCAUCUACGGGUUUGAAGUCAACGAUGCUCUCGCCCUCGUCCGACUGGAGGAUUUGUUCAUUGACACGUUUGAAGUCCAGGAUGUCAAACCGUUGAAGGGGGAUCAUCUCUCGAGAGCGAUUGGUCGUUUGGCAGGAAAAGGAGGAAGGACCAAGUUCACUAUUGAAAACUCGACAAAGACACGGAUUGUUUUGGCAGACUCGAAAGUCCACAUUUUAGGAACGUAUCAAAACAUUGCAAUGGCGAAGAGGGCGAUUUGUAGUUUAAUUUUGGGAACGCCACCCUCCAAAGUGUACGGAUCUUUGAGAAAUAUGGCUUCUCGAGCGUCAGAACGGUUCUAGUUGGUUGAUUAUACGAUGUUUACGUUAUGUUAAAAAAGUAAUAAAAUUUUUCGAUGCUUUUCAAGUCGUUUAAAAACUAUAA